GUCUGUGAAGGGGCGACAUUUCUCAAGGAAGCUGAGGGAAAGUAAAGCUGGAGUUAAAAUAGCGCUUAUCCGCGACGUUCGCGUUCGAUUGGACUCGUUACAUUGUUGCCGCUGAAUAAGAAGAUCCAUUGUAGCAACUCACCGAUGCGCGCGGUUACAAAGUAACCAUUCCAAGAAUACUGGCGACGAGACGCGCAACUUAUUAUCAACUUUCCGCUGACAGAGAGGAAUUAAUUAGGAAGCGCGACUUAUCGCGAGGUAUUUGACGUAUCCAGUAUCGUUAACACCGAUAUAUUGUCGUCUCUGGAGCCGGUGAAGCGAUACUACUGACCAAAUUGUACAGACACAGACCGAGGCAUGGAAAUAAUGGAUAGCGGGGAGCCGUUUUUACAGUGGGACAGAACUCUCAGUGAAUUGUCCGACGCCGGAGAUAACGACAGCAUGCUAUACAGCACUCAUUUCACUGAGCUCCUGGGUGAUCUGUCACAAGAGGCUUUGCUGGGACAGCUGUUAAGCGACCCAUUCCUGUCUGGACGUGGUGAAUCUAUGGACAUGGAGGAUGAAAUGACCUCUGCUUCUCCAGUACCGCCACACAUCCAGGCCGAACACAGUUACUCUCUGUGCGGAGACUCACGCCCACAGUCGCCCCUCUCCCAUCUGCCCGGAGAUCUUGGCAGUGAUGCUGGUGAUUCAGACAAUGAUGAUUGGCCCAUGGAGCAGGAAGAUAAAGGGCUUAAGAUGGCACCUCUCCUGUGUGACCCGCCCGCCCUGCUUCCCACACUGACCCUCACUCUGACCCCUGAGGGUCCCGUGUCUGAGCCUGUGACCACAGCCAAUGACCCCACCCUCUCAUUGACCCUUCCUCAGGCUGCACAGAUUAAACCAGCCAAUGUGAAGGAGGACAGUGAGGGUUUCAGUCCGCAGAUUAAACUGCAGCCACAUGAGGUGGAUCGCUUCUUAAACCUCUCACCUAAAGGGCUGGAGUCUCUGCAGAUGCCGCCCACUCCUCCCAGCUCUCAUGGCAGUGACUCAGAGGGAAGCCAGAGCCCUGUCCACCCCUGUGCCCCUGCCAGCCCAACACAGACCCCUGCUGCCCUCAAGGUGGCGCCAAGAGCCCCCUCUUCCCUUUCCAACUCUCCUCUGCUGACAGCACCACAUAAACUGCAGGGGUCAGGUCCUCUCCUGCUCACUGAGGAGGAGAAACGCACACUGAUCGCAGAAGGAUACCCGGUUCCCUCCAAACUGCCCCUGUCCAAAGCUGAGGAGAAAGCACUCAAGAAGAUUCGCAGAAAGAUCAAGAACAAGAUUUCAGCACAGGAGAGCCGCCGGAAAAAGAAAGAGUACAUGGAUGCUCUAGAAAAGAAGGUGGAGACAUGCUCCAACGAGAACAGUGAGCUGCGCAGGAAAGUCGAAAAUCUUGAGUGUACCAACAAGUCUCUGUUGCAGCAGCUGCACUCGCUGCAGGCAGUAGUGGCAGGAAAGGUCCCGCGCUCCUGUAGGGUGACGGGCACACAGACCUCCACGUGUCUCAUGGUUGUGGUUCUGUGUUUUUCUGUGUUCUUGGGGAGUUUCUACCAAGGCUUGAGCCCUUGUUCAUCUAUCACUAAAACAGGCCUAACCAGAGAGAUUUCAAUACAAGAGUCCUACACUGCUACAGUGAAAUCUCGCAACCUUUUGGCCUUUGACGAGCACAGUGGUCUUGAUGACCCCCAUCUCGUCGGGCUAGGCGGGGAAUGGGACCAGCAGGUUGACGUCAUGGCGGCUUUGCGUUUGGAACAGCAGCGCAAACAGGAACAGGCGGAGUCUCAUGAAGCAGAGCCACGCCCUCUUUUAAUGAACACCAAUGAAACGCGUGUGCAAAAAUCUAUUCUCAUAGACCUGCACUCACACAGGUCAGACAAAUGGUCAAACGAAACAGCAAAAGUGAUAGAGUUGGAGAGGACUGUCAAUGAGACGUCCUGAAAUCUGGCUGGUCCUCGUCUCAAAUCACCCUUCUCCCUAUCCCCUGCAGUGGCAGGGCGAUAGGCUCUAUAUUUAUAGAUAUACUUUAAGUAUUGUUUUACUUAACCAAGAUGUCCUUUUUUUAAGAUGAAUACAAAUAUCAUAUUAUUAUAAUUUUUUUUUAAUAAUUUUUUUUUCAUUCCAACAGUAUAUCGGAUUUUGAUACUUUGUCCUCUGUUCAUCAUUAUUUUCUCUUUUUUGUGUGAUUUGAGUUUAUUUUAAUGCUAUUCAUUUUGUUUUCUUUCUUCACUUUUGCCUGUUUGCCCCAUGCUACUGAGAAUGUGUGUAAUAAUAUAUUGAAAGUGCAUCUGUUUUCAUAUUUACACAAUGAUGCAGGCUGUAUGGCUGGUACAACGGUAUCAUGUAGCAUGUCUAUAAAAGAGGAUCCUCAAAAUGUCGUUCUCGUCAUGCAUCCAAAGAGCUCAAAAAUAAUAUAAAAAUUGAGACUAUAAGAAUAAAUUGAACAAAAGAUUAGGCAAAGAAAAUAAAGUGUUUACAGUUUGAAGAUGGUGACUUUCCGAAGCAUUUAAAAAUGGUUUGUCUUAAUAUGUAUUCUAUCUUUUGUCAUUUGUAAAUAUUCGCUGUGUCCGCUUUUGUAACAUGGGGGAAAGAUGUUGGAAGAGAUAUGUUAAUGAACUUUAUAUCAAUGGAGAUGUUUGUCAUAGAGGGCAAUAAAGAGGGACAGUAUGGACAUGACAUGAAAAGGAUGGACGCUUUCUAGCCCUGGAACACACGCUCCAUAGUCCUUCAUAUGACGUUGUCCUCUUUUAUUUGGUAUUAGGUCUUAACAGGACAGAUGGCUCUUUUUGUCCUCAGUUGGCUGCCAUCCAAACCCUAUCUGCACCCUUCUAGGGUAAAGGAUGCUCCCUGACAAAUCUAGUGUUGUAUUGGCCAGAUAUGAAUAGUUAUGACAGCCAGAGCACUGGACAGACGAUCAUCCGGGUGUGUGGUGAACUUGCACUGUGUCCCGAUAGAAUUUAUUUGUUAUUUAUUAUUUUUAGCAUGCCUUCUACCCUUUUAUAUCCUGGAAACAAGUGCAUUUUGAAGCAGAUGGUUUUACCCUGAUGUGAUGUAUUCAGAUGUUUGAAUUGUGACACGUUUGUUUUGGAUAGUUGUUUGCAUAUGACUGUAUGAGCAUUUCUUCUGUAUUUGUUGUGGCAUAAUAUACAAGUGAUAAAUGAAUCAUCUUGCUUCUGUAAGAUGCCUGCAGUAUGUCUCAUGCACAUCUUAAUAAUAUUACAGUUACGGUUGUAAUCACUUUUCAUUGGAUCACAAUUCAAUUUUGGGGCUCUGAAAAAUGAUCCUCUUGAUUUAACCCUGCCUUGUUUUUGUCCUGUUUUCUGUAAAGCAAAUAAAUAUUUUCCUUAGUAAAAGCAUUAUAAA